AGAUGAGAUAAUUUUAAUUAGUAGUUGAAGAAGAUUGCAAACAAUUUUGUGUAUUUUGUAACACCUAAUAUUUAAUAGAAAGAAGACGAAAUGUGUAUAUUUUACGAUUUUAUAUUGUAUUUCGAAAACACUAAAUUAUCACGGUGAAUGGGUUAUAUUUCUUCUAGUAUUGCGUAUAAUGUAAAACAGAGUACAAAAGAUUCAAAUCCGAUGGUUAUUAAUCACGGAGUUUCCGAAAACAGAUAUCUAAUUAAAUAAUUAAUGAAUGUAUAAAGUUUUAUAGCUAAAAAUAUUAAUUAUAACUUUUAAUUAAAGGUUAAAUCAUUAGCAUACAAAAUGUGGGAGGAGGGAUUUAAAACUAUUAUAUUGCCUACAUUGUCUACCAUGUUAGUUUUUGUAUUAGUUAUUAAUUUUUUUAGACGUAUUACAGAAGAAACAUAUAUUCAUAUACGGGAUGUUACUCAAGAACAUAAUUGGAAGCCUAUUAGAAAAGUAACUAAGGCAUAUUACUGCAGUAUUUGUGAAAGUCUGUUACUAAAUAUCAAUGGUUUAUUAUGUGAUUCUUGUGGAGUAUGUGCAGAUCUUGGAUGUAUAAAAACAGCAAACAAAAUACUUCGUUGUAAAGCUAUUACUAUGGAUAGUAACGAACAAUUGCUACAUCACUGGAUUAAAGGUAAUUUACCAGUAAUAGCAAUGUGUGCUAUUUGUAAUGAAGAAUGUGACACAGAACUUGGCCUUAUGGAUUGGUGGUGUUGUUGGUGUCAAAGAACCGUUCACGAUUCUUGUAAACUUUCUAUGUCUGAGGUAUGUGACUUUGGUAGGUUUAGAUUAAUGAUAAUCCCACCUCAAAGCUUAAAGGCUAUAAGUAAGCGCAGAAGAAUGAGACGCAAAUUAGAGUUGCAUUCAGUUAUAAAGCCUAAUUGGCAUGGUUGGAAUCCUCUUAUUGUUGUUGGAAACAGGAAAUCCGGUAAUAAUGAUAGUGAAGAAAUUUUAUCAUUGUUUAGAGGAUUAUUAAACCCUGCACAAGUUAUGGAUUUGGCAGAACAAGAUCCAACUACAGUACUUACAUGGUGUCGUCUACUUGGAGAUACCCCUUGUACAGUUCUUGUUGCAGGGGGUGAUGGUACCAUUGCCUGGUUACUUAACAUUAUUCAUAAAUUACAAUUAAACCCAAUUCCAGCUGUAGCAAUACUUCCUUUAGGAACAGGAAAUGAUUUGUCAAGAGUAUUGAGAUGGGGUAAAGAACAUGAUUCAAAUUUAGAUCCUACUGAAAUUUUACAGAAGAUACAACUUGCAGAAAAGGUUAACUUUGAUAGGUGGACUGUAAAAGUAAAACCAUAUAAUGGAUUAGGAUCUACAGGAUCACAACAAAAUCUUUUUAUGUAUAAUUAUCUAAGUAUAGGAGUGGAUGCACAAGUAACAUUAGAUUUCCACCGCACAAGGCAAAGCUGUUUUUAUUUGUUCAGUCAUAGAAUUUUUAAUAAGUUAUUAUACAUAUGCUUUGGUACACAACAAGUUAUGGAAAGAGAAUGCAAAAAUCUUGACAAAAAUUUAGAAGUGUACUUAAAUGGUAAAAGAGUGAUUUUACCUUCUAUAGAAAGCAUAGUUAUACUUAACAUUCCAUCGUGGGCUGCUGGUGUUGAUCUCUGGAAUAUAGGAUUGGAAGAAGGACAAAAGGAAGUAGGAGCUCAGAAAAUUGAUGAUCAGAAGCUAGAGGUCUGUGCUCUAUAUUCAUCUUUUCACAUGGCUCAAUUACAAGUUGGUUACUCUCAACCACAUCGACUGGGACAAGCUAGUGUUAUAAAAGUAAAACUAUUGAAAUCAUGUGCCAUACAAAUCGAUGGUGAACCUUGGUAUCAACAUCCUUGUGAGUUUAAUAUUACUUAUUGCAAUCAAGCAUUGAUGUUGAAGAACAAAAAUUAUUAAGCCUAUAUUUUUACGUGCAUUACGGGUAUAAAAAUGCAUUUAGCUAUAUAUACAUAUAUAUAUAUAUAUAUCAGUAUUUAUUUAACAUUCGAAAUAAAUGUUGUAAAAUGUAUUAAAGAAAUCUAGUCAACAUUAUUUUAAGAAACAAUUUAAAACAAAUUGUUAAAUAUAAAUGUUCGGAAUAAAUUUCUUGAAACAAAUUAUAGAUGUUGAUGGAUAGGUUAUAGGAUAUUAAUAAAUGUAUAUAAUGAA